UCCAACAGUAACAAAACAAACCCAGCUUUGUUUUCUGUUGAAGAAAACAAAGUGGGAAGUGGCCAAGCCACAUUAAUAUCCACUUUUGACCGCUUCCCUCAUUUUCUGAAUGGAAAUAUUGGGGGACCAACUCCCAAUCUCUAUUCUACAUUGACCCCUAAUCCCAUAUAUUAUAUUGAUAGUCCAGUGGUUCUUGGCUUCGGCUUUAUUCUAUUCUGUGGCAUAAUUGCAGUGCAAGGACGGAGAGACACAGUUUCUGAAUUCCAGAUAACACAUACCAUACAUAUGGAAUGAUUUGUUUCCUUGUCUGGUUUUCCGGGAAAAAUUUAUUAUUUCAUUGAAGGAAUUGGCCUAGUUGACUUUCUCGGGAAAACCCAUAUAUUCCAGUCCUGUUUCAUAUAUGGGGUGCCACUCUUUUUAUAUUUCUCUAUCUUACCCAUCUCUUCCUCCUUCACCAACUGUUGCUCUUUUCCUGGUCCGCCAAACCCAAUUGUUGAAAGAAUUGGACUUUCAGAUAUGACUGUUAGGGAUCAAGACCUGAAAAAGAAGUCUUUUAUUCACAAGAUUUUCACCAUGAAAGACAGAGAUGUAAUUGGCUCAUCUGAUUUUCUUGAAGCACAAUCUGAUCCAGUGCUUGACAGUCAAUCUAUAAGUGGCAGAGGGGCUCAAAUGCCUGUGGGUCAAGAUGUUCAGUCCUUUCGAGUUUUUGUAGCAACCUGGAAUGUAGGAGGGAAAUCUCCCCAUAGUGGCCUUAAUCUGGACGAUUUUCUUCAGGUUAAUAAUCCGUCAGACAUAUAUGUCUUGGGUUUUCAGGAAAUUGUUCCUUUAAAUGCUGGAAAUGUAUUAGUUCUAGAGGAUAAUGAACCUGCGGCAAAAUGGCUUGCUUUAAUCAAUCAGUCACUGAAUAAAUCAACAAAUGGAUCUUCAAGACUCACAGCGAGCCUUGGUGGUUCAUUGUUUUUCUCGAAGCCGUCCCUUAAAAAGGUCAGCAAGUCUUUUAGAACAGAGAGCAAAAGAAAGCUGAAGAGUUGCAACUGCACUUAUGAACUAGAAAGGAAGCAUAGUAAAGAUUUCUGUUUUCGAUGCCAACAACCAAAUAUAAAUGAAGAUGACUUGUCUUCUGAACCGGAUGAAGAGGGAUCUAAUGGCUUUGAUAUCUCAGAAAUUUCCGUUUCCUCUACUACGAGCCAGAUGAAGUAUAGCCUUGUAGCAAGUAAGCAAAUGGUAGGAAUUUUUGUUACUCUUUGGGCAAGGAAGGAGUGUGUACAAUAUGUUAGUCACUUGAGAAUCUCCUGCAUUAGUCGUGGCAUCAUGGGCUGCCUUGGAAACAAGGGUUGUAUUUCAGUGAGCUUUCUGUUCCAUCAGACAAGCUUUUGUUUUGUCUGCAGUCACUUGGCAUCUGGUGAGAAAGAGGGGGAUGAGCUAAGGAGAAAUAUGGAUGUCUUAGAGAUUCUUAAGAAUACACAGUUUCCUAAGAUUUGCAGAACAGCUUAUAGUAGGGUUCCAGAUAAAAUUCUAGACCAUGACCAGGUCAUAUGGUUAGGGGACUUGAACUACCGCAUUGCGUUGAGCUACUCUGAAACCCGGAAACUUUUAGUUGACAAUGACUGGGAUACACUUCUUGACAAAGAUCAGCUCAAGAUUGAAAGAGAAGCAGGGAGAGUAUUCAAAGGAUGGAAGGAAGGAAAAAUUUACUUUGCACCUACUUACAAAUACUUCUACAACUCCGACACUUAUUUUGGCGAGAUGAAAACAUCAAAGAAGAAAAGGAGAACCCCAGCUUGGUGUGAUAGAAUACUGUGGCAUGGAAAUGGGAUUAGACAACUGUCAUACAUACGUGGAGAGUCCCGUUUUUCUGACCACCGGCCAGUUUGUGCUACAUUUUUUGUGGAUGUCAUGGUUAAUGAGGAUGGAUUGAAGAAGGAAAUACCCAGCUCUAAUAUGAAAGUUGAAAUUGAAGAGCUUUUACCAACACGUAACAGAUAGUUAAGAAACAUGCACUAAACUUGCUAAGCACGGCCAUGGAAAGGUUGAAACAAUCCCCAGUUUUGCUGAUGAUAUGAGAUGAAGUAGCUAGUUUUUAUGAUGUAGAGCGUUUCGCAAUAUAAAGUGUAAAUAAUUCUGUUUAGAAAUGGUUAGAAUCCAACUUUUCCGAUUCUCUUUAACAAGUUGAUGGUCAAGAUGCACGGGUGACAGCUCAGUUGUGAAUUGGUGUCUUAGUUCUUGUCAUCUAACGAAGUGUACUCACAAUGUCAAA